UCCAAGAACUAGAGGCUUAGCACUGCUGUUUGUUGAAGAAUGAAAGGCAUUGCUAACAAGCAACCACAGAAAAAUUAUGCUKUGACUUAUGAAGUCAGUGUACAAAGCGGGUCUCUUCGUAGACGUCGCUGCAAGGCCAUUGUUAUCAUAUCGAUUUCUUGCAGUAUAAUCUUACUUCUUACUGCAAUUAUCAUUCCUAUCACAGAACACAAAGAAAACAGGACUCAAAAUGGCAAUCAAUUUUAUCUUGGCGAAAUAACACCAAAGCCGACGACUUCCCAGCAACAGAAAACGAUAGAAACAACGUCAAGAACAAAGACGAAAGCUAAGGAGAAUUUUCCCUCUCAGACAAGCGCAACAGCAACAGCUAAACCAGUUUUUUCGUGGUCUGGAUGGACGUCCUGGGAACCGCACAACAUCAUAUGUGGYCAUGGCACACAGCAUCGCAUUCGAAACUGCAGUACCACACAAUCUAAGAAUUUAUGCAACGGAACAUCUCUGGAGAAACGAUUUUACAACCUCACUGCAUGCCGAGAUUGCUUUGAGUGGUAUCAUUUCGGUAAAAAACAUAUCAAUGGUAUAUACUCUAUAAACCCCGACGAGACCAGUCCAUUCUACGUCUAUUGUGACAUGACAACAGACGGUGGGGGGUGGACUGUGUUCCAAAGACGACAAGACGGAUCCGAGGAUUUUUAUCGUAACUGGGCGAACUACACAACAGGUUUUGGAAACCUGUCUGGCGAGUUUUGGUUAGGAAACGAAAAGCUCCACCUAUUGACAAGAAAAUCGGCAAGCUUAAGAGUCGAUCUCCAGGAYUGGGCUCUUAACAAUAGAUAUGCUAAAUACGAUAUAUUCACGGUUAGGAGUACCGCUGAUAAUUAUGCGCUYAGCAUUUCGUCGUUUAAAGGCACAGUACGAGACUCUCUUUACUCACAUAACGGGAUUCCCUUCUCGACAAAUGAUCAGGAUCACGAUUCAUACUCAGAUUUCAAUUGUGCUGAAUAUUUYCAUGGCGGGUGGUGGUACAAUAGGUGUCUCGAUUCUAACUUGAAUGGUAUCUAUAUGGGUAAUAUCGAGAAUGAUCCCAAGGCCGUCGCGUGGUUCUGCAAUGGCAGUUUUCUUGCUUUGAAGUUUACCGAAAUGAAGCUCAGACGAACAAUUCUCUGAAACUCUGAUAAUCUUUGAAAAGUAGGCAG